CUUAUCAACAAAAUCUAAGAACAUCCAAUAACAUCUUAUCGAAAAUCUAAGAAAAUCCAAAAAAAUCUUAUCGAAAAUCUAAGAAAAUCCAAUAAUUGUAUCGAAAAUCUAAGAAAAUCCAAAAAUCUUAUCGAAAAUCUAAGAAAAUCCAAAAAUCUUAUUGAAAAUCUAAGAAAAUCCAAAAAUCCAUAUAUAUUCUUAUCCACAGUACUCUUUAAAUACACACACAUUAUCAAACUCAUUUCUCACACUCACUUCUCAUUAUCACACUCUACUAUAUCUCAAAAAAAUGUUAUUUGAAUACAGUUCAAGCUCAGAAUCUGCUGAUGAGAAUCCAUACGGAGAAGUUGAUCGAAUGGUUGACGAAUUUGUCACUCAUCACUUACCAAACACAUUUUUUCCAAGAGGUCCUAGACUUCGAAAUGUGAAUGAUACCAUUCCGAUUCCAGCAGAUAGAAACCGUGAAGAAGGGCAUAACCGCUUGUUUAAUGAUUACUUUGCGGAAAAUCCAGUAUAUUCAGACAGACAGUUUCGUCGAAGGUUUCAAAUGAGAAGACCUUUGUUUUGCCGUAUCAUGAACAAAGUGGUUGAAAAUGAUGUUUUCUUGCAACAGAGAAGAAAUGCUGCCGAAAAAUUAGGGUUAUCAGGAUUGCAAAAAUGCACUGCAGCUAUCAGAAUGUUAGCGUAUGGUUUGGCUCCGGAUGCAAUUGAUGAAUACCUGCGAAUGGGUGAAACAACUUCAAAAAAAUCAUUAUUACAUUUCACUCAAGGGGUAAUCAAGCAUUUUGAAGAGGAUUACCUAAGAAGUCCUACAGAUGAAGACUUAAGGAGAAUCCUUUAUCAAAAUGAAAUGCGCGGAUUUCCAGGCAUGAUCGGUAGUAUUGAUUGUAUGCACUGGGAAUGGAAGAACUGUCCUACCGCAUGGAGAGUCAAUACCAAGGACGCAGCGGGAAAGCAUCCCAAAUUCUUGAAGCUGUUGCAGAUCAAGAUCUAUGGAUUUGGCAUUCAUUUUUUGGUGAAUGGACAUGAAUACAACAUGGGGUGCUACCUCACAGAUGGUAUUUAUCCAAAUUGGGCUACGUUCAUUCAAGGAUUUUCUCGUCCCCAACUUGAAACGGAAAGGUUGUUUGCUAACAGACAAGCGCAUGUUCGUAAGGAUGUUGAACGUGCGUUCGGAGUUUUGCAAGCAAGAUUCGCCAUUGUACGACAACCAUCUCUGGCUUACGAUGAAGAUAUAUUAGGCGAUAUAAUGAAGGCUUGUAUCAUCUUACACAACAUAAUAGUUGAGGAUGAACGAGAUAUGUAUGCCCGAGCUGAUGUGUUACGAAGGUACUAUGAAGAAGACCUUUCGAGCUUAACCGCAACAGUGAAUAAUGGUGAACCCUUUGAGUUCCAGACUGGACAACCCUACUCCAUUAACGCAUUAUUGGGGAGAAUAACAGCUUUGCGUAGCAGUCAAAUUCAUCACUCUUUGAAAGAGGAUUUAAUUGAGCAUAACUAGCAAAAAUAUGGAGGCAAUAAUCAUUAAACUCAUGCCUCGAAGAAGAGUUGUUAUUUUAGUGGUUGCGUUUGAUUUAUCGUAAUUUUGUUUUUAAUCAUAUUUUGGCUUUGUGAUGUUUUAGUUUAUGACAUAGUGUGUUUAGUUGUUGUAAUGUUUUAGUUAUCCAAAACUUGUCUUGCUUUAGUCCAUCUAUUAUGUAUUUAUUCAAUUAUGUCCCUUUAUUUUAUUUAAAUUUAUGAAAUAUUUUCAAUAAAAUUUAU